AGAAGGGGAUGCAGAUCAAGGUCGCCUGCGUCGGUCUCAGGGAACAUUUCUGGUACCACGUCAGCUUCUCGGCUCGCCGCAAGGGCGAAAACGAGCGGCGCUUCUUCGCUGAGCUACGCUACGAUCCAUACUUCCACGAACUGUUCGUCGAAACCUGCACCAUCUUAGAAGAGCCGUUGUGCCGCUUCAGAAGCAGCUGCGCAUUCUGUCCAGAUGACUCCGGGAUUUUGCACCCGAGCGAUGUGGAGUUUGCGUGUGGGAAGGAGGGACACGAGAAGGAGUUCUUCCACGAGAGGUAUAUUCUUCGGAGACCGUUCAUGAAAAGAUCAUAGGAUCGACGAUGACUACUCAACUCUAGUGCUUUUUAGAGUACUCUGCUUUUUAUUGUAGGCUAUGUACUAUAUAGCUAUAUAUUGUUUUCUCUUUUUCUCUACCCUCUGCUCUCAUUCUCUGUUUUUGUAGUUAGCAUGGUGUGCGUAGGUUUAGUAAAAAAAAU